AUGGAAAGUUCAGAGAAAGAGUAAAUUAGAAAAAUAAUUAAAAAAAAUGAGCUUGAUGAAGAAAUGAAAUUAUAAAUCUAACAAUUGAUUUAAGAUCCUUAACAAAAACUACAAAUUUUUAAUGUUGUGCCUAAUAAUAGUCAUCCAAGGGAUAUAAAGUUGAAUUUAAGGCUAGCAAGAACGAGAGAAACUUAAUUAUAUAAAUAAACUAACAUCAUUACUGAAAGGCAAACAACUAUAAACAUCCAAAAAUUGUCUAUUAAAUCAAUUUAAAAUAUGAACUCCGAUUCAAUGAAAAUUGUUUAGCAAUAGAAAUUACCUGAACCAAUCAAAAACAUUACAGGAACUGAUAGAAGAUCAUGGUUCAAUAAUAAUUAUGAAGAUACUUAAAUAUUAUAUAAAAUAGUUGUAUCUAAUGAGGAUUUAUUAAAGGAUGAAGAUCAAAAAUUCUUAACAAAAAUACUCAUUUCUAAAAGCUUUAAAAAUGCUCUUUAAAUUUUAAUUGCCAGCAGAAUGAUUAUCUCAAUCUUCUUACAUCUUUCGAAAAGAACAAUACAGAAAAGAUAAAUAAUAUCACAAACCACUCUUUAACAAAUAAUUUAAUUUUGCUCAAAUAAGAAAGAUAUUAUCAAUAUGCUUUAUAAUAAAUAAGAAGACAAAAUUUUAAAAUCAAUUUAAUAAGACUAGGUUGAAAAAGAAUAACCAAAUGAAAUCGAAAAGGAAGCGUUAGGUUCGUUUAGAGUAAAUAAUCCUUAAAAUUUUUUCAAUAUAUAAAUAGAUAAAAUAAGAUGUGAUGCUAUCUAAUCAAUUUAUAAUCUAAUUCAAAUUCAAAAGGUUUCCAUAGAUGAUAAAAAUUUGCUUAUAAAGCUACAAGAAAAUCUAAAAGAUGAAAACGAUGAAUUUAAGACUUAUUCAUUUCAACUAUAUACUUUAUUAGAAAAAUAUUUUGAUUAUUGUGUUGUUUUUCGAAAUUUUUUUCCAUAUUUAAUAGGUUAGAAUAGCUAAAUUGAAGAAUGUUGUUAUUUAACAAUAAGAGAAUAUGCAAAAAACAAAGAAAGAUGUUGUAAUUUAUUUAAGGAAGUUUACAUUAGAGAUCUCUGCUCAUAUAUAAUAAAAUAGGAAUAAGGAAAAUUAAAUAGAUGUUAAUUAUUAAAUAUUUGUUUAGAAAAUGGUAUUAUAAUUGGUUUAGAUGAAGAUAAUGUCAAUUUGCUUAUUGAUGAGAUUUUCAUAUCCAAAGAUUAAAAUAUUAAGCAUGAGAUCAUUAAGACUCUAUUAUAUAUAUCUAAAUUAAAUCCAAAUAUAGUAUCAAAGUAUUCAGUAAAUCAAUUAGCAACAAGAAUAAAUGAAUUUGAUGGAAAAGAUAAGAUAUUUAAAUAUAUCAUAAUUAUUUUAGGAGUUAUUUCUUAAAUUUAAAUAAUUGAAUCAUUGGAUGCCCUUUCUGAGCAUUUGAUAAAUGAUGAGAAAGUAGAAGAUGGAGAUAUCUAAAUAACAUUUGAAAACCCAAUAAUAGAUAGAACUGUAUCAUUUAUAGUUUGCUAAAUAAUACUAACUUAUUAAUAAAUUCAUAAAAUAAUUUCUAAAUUGGUCAUCUAAAAUCUAAUCAGGGCUUUAGAAAAUGAAAAUACCACAAAAUUAUUAUUAGCAAGAAUUUUAUCGAAUGUUGAUAAAUUGGAUAUUGAUUAGGAAACCUUAAAAGAGAAAAUCUUUGUGUUCAUUUAAGAUCAAGAUACAGAAUUAGCUUAUUAUAUGUCUAUUGUUUACACUAAUGAAUUCACAAGGAUUUCGACAUAAGACGUGAUUACAGAAUUUGAAUUUUUAUCAAAAUGUUAAAUUAUCAGCAAUAAAAUGACGAUUUAUCCAAAUUAAGAAUGUAAAAUCACAUCCAAUAACAUAUUUAUUCUCAAAAAUUAAAUAAAUAUUUUUAAUGAAAUAAGCUAAGAUCAAGCAGAAAUUAUAAAAUUAAUUUUAGAAAGAAAUGAUGAUGUUUUACAAACAGAAGUCAUAAAUACCUUAUUUGAGAUUGCAAAUUAAAAAAUUUUAAUACAUGAAUCAAUAAUUGAAGCUAUAUAAGAUCUUACAAAUAAUUAAGAUAAAUGGAUAAAAUUAAUUGAAUUAAUUAUCAAUAAUGGUUAAAGCGUAACUCAUCUUAUUUUAGAAAAAUUUGUUAAAUUUUUAUACUUUAACGAAGAAUAUUCUGAAUCUGCUUUUUAAAUUCUGGAAAAGGCCAAUUUCAAUUAAGAUUUACCUGAUGAAAUAUUUAUUCCAUUAUAAAUCGAAAAAGCAGCCCAUUCAAUCUGUUCAGGAUCUCAAGUAAAACAUAAUGCUAUAAAAUAUUUGCUAAUUGAAGUGUAAAAAGGGAAUAAGCUAUCUAAAAAUGCUUUUAAAUCAUUAGAAACAGAAUUAGAGAAUGAUUAAAUCGUGGAUAUUUUAAUUUAAAUAUCUAAAACUAAUUAGACAAUUCCAAAAAAUAUAAUAGAUAAGUUGGUAUAAUUGUUCAAUCCAGCUUUAGCAUAAAUUAAACUCAUUUAACUUUUUAAAUAAAUUUCCAAUAAUAACUAAGAAAUUAUUCAAGAAUUAAUUGAUAAAUUAGAAAAAGCUUUAGUUAAUGAUGAGUUAAAGGAUGAGGUAUUUUUAUUUUUUGCUUCUUAUGGAUAAAGAGAUUAGCAAUUAUCAAGGAAGAUUAUAUAGCAGAUGUUAAUUAGAUUGUAAAACAAUCCAAGUUAAGAAUUGAAAAUAGAAUUAUUAAAUACGCUAAUCUUUUAAAUUGAUAAAAUUUAAUAAGAUCCUGUAGCUAUUGGAAUUAUUAGAGAUGAGAUAAAUUAAGAAUUGCAUAAAGAAGAUACAAACUCGUUAAACUCAUUAUUGUUUGAAGGUAUUUCUAAAUUAAUGUCGAAAGGCUGUAUCAAUGAAUCAUUAAUUGAAUCACUAUUCAAAAAAAUGUAAUCUUAAACUUGUUCGUAAGAAACUAUAUUAAAAAUUUAAGGUUUACUUCCAUAGGAUGAUUUCUUAAACCCAAGUUAAAUAGAUAUUCUUUAAUUAUUCAAAAUAAAUUCAUUAAAUUCGAAAAAAUUUUUUAAAGAAAUUAAAUCCUUUAGAAAUAAAAAUCUGAUUCCUCAAAAUUUUGAUAAGAUGAAAGAAUUUUUGAAAGAAAAUCCUGAUAAUACGAGGGCUAUUAUUAAUAUCUUGAAAUAUUGUUAAAAUUAAAAAGAAAUUCCAUAAGAUUUUUUAGAAAAGAUCAUUCUUUUAUCUAAUUCCUUUGAUUAAGAUCUAUAGAAUGACUUUCAAUCUUUUAUUAAUAGCUUAAUUAAAAAUAAAGUUCAAUUUACUGAAAAAGUAUUGCCAUUUAUUGUUAAUUUUAAAGACAAAAACUUUUCAGAAAAAACUAUUUAAAAUAUUUUUUCCUACUAAAAAUCAGAUUUAAUUUAGAAGCAUAUUGAAGCUAUCAAUUCAAAGAAUUCUCCCAAAUUUUCAGCCACUGAAAUAGAAAACAUUUUAAUGUAAAAUCCAGAAGAUAACAUUAUUGAUAAAUACACAAAAUUAAUUAUUAAAAAUACAUAGUAAACCAAGGAAUAAAAAUAAAAAUUAAAAUUAGAGUUGACGAUAUAAAGUUUAUUUAGUAAAAAAAAAUCGAAUAUUAAUGAUAAAUCCUUAUUGAAGUGUCUAUCUUUUGCUUCUCAAUGUAAAAAUAUGAUUAUUGAAUAAGAGAUAUUAGCUUAUUUUUAUUAAAAUAUGCUAAAUCAAAAAAACGAUCUUAUGAUUCGUAGUUUGUCUUUUAGAGGCUUGCAAUCUGCCAUUGAAAUAGAAUUUAAACUUAAAGAGUUUAAAGAUUGUUAUACUUAUUUAUUAAAUAAUUACGUAUUAAAUUAAGUUUUUAGAUAAUUUCUAAUAUAUUGCAGAUAAAAUAUAAAAACUAUUGAAGAAUAACUAAAGAUAAAAUUAGAUUUUCAUUAAAUUGAAAUUUUAAUUCUGAUCCCACAAUUAGAUUAAGAAAUAAUUAUUAAUAAUCCAUAAAAUUUUACAAUCGGAUUGAUCAAGCUAAUUUUAUUUUAGAAGUUUUCGUCAACAUUGGAUGAGAAAUAGAUAUUUUAGGAGACUUUGAAAAAAUUAAAUGAAAAUUUAGAGAAUCAAUUGAAAACAAUUUUACAAUUGUUGUUAUCAGAGAAAUUUGAAACACUUGAGUAAAUAUUGGAUAUAUUAAAAUUCAUAUAGGAUUAGGAAGAAAAUGUAAUUCAAAAAAUUUUAUAUUUUUAAACUGACCCAUAUUAUAAAUUUAAAUAAAAGUGGAUUGAUUAAUAGUUACAAAUCAAAUUUGAAGAUUAAUACUAAGAACAGUCACCUUUUAAAAGUUUGUUAGAAAUUAUGGUUCAGCUACCUGUUGCUGCAAUUGAGUAAUUGUUAACAAUAAAAGAUAACUUCUAUGAAUUUAAUUAACUCAUUUCAUUUAUUAAUAAGUAUAAACUUUUCAAUUAUAAGCCGCUUUAAUAAGACUAGAACAAUAAUUACAUGAAAUUAUUAGAAAAAUGCUAAAAAUAUAUCCUAAUAAAUCAAAUAGAAUUUAGUAGUUAAAAAAAAAAAACAAAUUUAAUCAUAAAUGUUUUGAUUGAGUAAUUUGGUUGGACAUUUUAGCACUUGGAUGAUAUAUUCAAAGUUGGGUUGAGUACAAAGGAUGAUGAUAANAAAGUUUAUUUAGUAAAAAAAAAUCGAAUAUUAAUGAUAAAUCCUUAUUGAAGUGUCUAUCUUUUGCUUCUCAAUGUAAAAAUAUGAUUAUUGAAUAAGAGAUAUUAGCUUAUUUUUAUUAAAAUAUGCUAAAUCAAAAAAACGAUCUUAUGAUUCGUAGUUUGUCUUUUAGAGGCUUGCAAUCUGCCAUUGAAAUAGAAUUUAAACUUAAAGAGUUUAAAGAUUGUUAUACUUAUUUAUUAAAUAAUUACGUAUUAAAUUAAGUUUUUAGAUAAUUUCUAAUAUAUUGCAGAUAAAAUAUAAAAACUAUUGAAGAAUAACUAAAGAUAAAAUUAGAUUUUCAUUAAAUUGAAAUUUUAAUUCUGAUCCCACAAUUAGAUUAAGAAAUAAUUAUUAAUAAUCCAUAAAAUUUUACAAUCGGAUUGAUCAAGCUAAUUUUAUUUUAGAAGUUUUCGUCAACAUUGGAUGAGAAAUAGAUAUUUUAGGAGACUUUGAAAAAAUUAAAUGAAAAUUUAGAGAAUCAAUUGAAAACAAUUUUACAAUUGUUGUUAUCAGAGAAAUUUGAAACACUUGAGUAAAUAUUGGAUAUAUUAAAAUUCAUAUAGGAUUAGGAAGAAAAUGUAAUUCAAAAAAUUUUAUAUUUUUAAACUGACCCAUAUUAUAAAUUUAAAUAAAAGUGGAUUGAUUAAUAGUUACAAAUCAAAUUUGAAGAUUAAUACUAAGAACAGUCACCUUUUAAAAGUUUGUUAGAAAUUAUGGUUCAGCUACCUGUUGCUGCAAUUGAGUAAUUGUUAACAAUAAAAGAUAACUUCUAUGAAUUUAAUUAACUCAUUUCAUUUAUUAAUAAGUAUAAACUUUUCAAUUAUAAGCCGCUUUAAUAAGACUAGAACAAUAAUUACAUGAAAUUAUUAGAAAAAUGCUAAAAAUAUAUCCUAAUAAAUCAAAUAGAAUUUAGUAGUUAAAAAAAAAAAACAAAUUUAAUCAUAAAUGUUUUGAUUGAGUAAUUUGGUUGGACAUUUUAGCACUUGGAUGAUAUAUUCAAAGUUGGGUUGAGUACAAAGGAUGAUGAUAAAUAAAAGUAAGAUAAUAAAUAGGCUCAAUAAAAAAGUUUCAUAAAAGUUCUCUAAAUAUUAUCAAAUUUCCAUAUUUCCCCUAAUGAUAAACUAUAAUAUUUAGACAUCUUUAGUUAGCCUUAUCAGAAUUGGGAAACUCUCGCUUAUAAAUGCAGUUUGUAAAAAAAUUUUACUUAAUCAAGCAACCAUUAAAAGAUUUUAGAAAAAUUGUUCAAUGAAUUAAAAAAUUUAAACAACGAUAAAAUUUAAGAAAAUCUAUAAGAAAUGAUAUAAAAAAUUAAAUCAUUUUCAUUAAGAAGUACAAUUUUUCCGAAAUAUGAAUCAAUUAAUAAUUGGAAAGAUGAUUAAAUUAAGGAAUGGGCUAAAAAGGUUAAACAAUAAUAAUUUUUUAAUUCAAAAAUUGAUGCUUUAAUUGAAGCAAUGGCAGUCAUAAAAAAUGCUAUAUAUAAAUAAUUUUAAUUUUAAUUAACUGAUAAUUAAUUAAUGAGUGCACUUUUGGUAUUAUAACAAAAAGAUAAAGGAACACUUUUGCAAGUUAGUACUGGGUAAGGAAAAUCAAUUAUUAUUUGUAUGGUAGCAAUUAUUGCAGCUUUAGAGGGAAAGAAAGUAGAUAUUAUAACAUCUUCGCAAAUUUUGGCUCAAAGAGAUGCUAAAAAAAAUGAAAAAAUCUAUGAAAUGUUUUCUCUCACUUGUAGCAGCAACUAAGAUCUUUCAUUCUAAAAUAUAGGUUCAAAAAAAUGUUAUGAUUGUGAGAUAGUUUAUGGUGAAGUUUCAUAAUUUUAAUUUGAUUUUUUAAGAGAUAAUUAUCUGAAAUAGUAAACUCUUUGUGGAAGAUCUUAAGAUUUUGUAAUUGUUGAUGAAGUUGAUAGUAUGCUUAUUGAUGAGAGCUCAAAAAUUGCAAGACUUUCUUCGUAAAUAUCUGGACUAGAUUUAUUUAAACCUAUUUAUAUUAAGUUAUGGCAAUUAUGUUAAACAAAGUAUCGAUAGGUAAUAAAAAUUGAUUAAGAUUUUUAUUUUUUUAAUGGAACUUUAAAUUUUAAUGGAGAUAAGACUACUCUUGAUUAUUUAGGAGAUAACAAUCAUAAAUAACACAUCUCAGAUUUAAAAUAAUAUGUUGUUGAGCAAGAAGAUAUAAGUAAAAUUGGAUGUGUUAUAAAAGAAAAAGUCCCAGAAUUUAUAAGUAAAUAAAUAGAAUAAGAAAUCAAAGUGUUCAUUAGCAACCUUUAUCUACCUUAGUAUUUUUAACCUAUUCUUGACAUUUAACUUCCAAAAUGGAUAAAUAACUUAUUUGUUGCUAAUGCAUACUAAGAGAAAGUCUAAUAUGUGAAAAAUAAAGGUAUGAUUAAACCUGUUGAUUAUUUUUCUACAGGUUAGAUUCUUGAUUCAACAAACUGGCAAGAUGGAUUGCAUCAAUUUUUAUAGAUUAAGCAUAAUUUAAGAUUGACUUCUGAAUCAUUUACAUCUAACUUCCUUUCAAAUAUUGGUUAUUUUAAAAAAUAUGGAAAGAAUAUUAUUGGUUUAUCUGGAACCCUUGGAUCAAAACAUGCUCAAGAAGUUUUGAAAAAGACAUAUAAUGUUUCUAUUUUGACAAUUCCAGACAUUAAAGAAAAGUAAUUUGUUGAGUAUCCUAUCGCAAUUUUACCAAAUCAAUAAGAAUAAAUUACAGAAAUUUGCAAUUCUGCAAUUGAUGAAACUAAAUAAUAGAGAGCAGUGUUAAUAAUUUGCGAAACUAUUAAUUUCGUUGAAAAAAUUCAUCAAAAUUUAUUAACAAAAUAUGAAUCUAGAUUGUUAAAGUUGUAUCACAUGAAUAAUAUGAAUUUAGAAUAAAAAAUUUAAAAUAUUUCUGCAGGAGAAAUAAUUGUUGCAACUAAUUUAGCUGGAAGAGGUACAGACAUCAAAGCAGAUUAAAUAUAAAAUUAAGGAGGUCUACAUGUGAUUUUGACAUUCUUGCCAGACAAUUAAAGAGUUGAGGAAUAAGCUUUUGGAAGAACUUCAAGAAAUGGAUAAAAAGGAACAGGUUAAAUGAUAUUGAAUAAAUUGAAUUUACCUUUUCAAGGCAAUCAUAAUAGAUAAUAGCUAAAAUAACUAAGAGAUGAUAGGGAAGAAAAAAUUCUUAAAGAAUUCUUAAAUUCUUAAAUGAAGAUGAUAGAGAUUAAAGAUGAUUUAUUUAAGAUGUUUAAUGAAGAUUUAAAUAAUUAUAGGUAAAAAUUAGCAAAAAUUAAAAAGUCAACAACAGUCCUCAUUCACUUCUCAAUAUAAGAUGUUGAAGAGGAGUGGGCUGUUCUACUAAAUUCAAUUGAAAAUGAAUAAAUUACUAAAGAACAGGCAAAAUAAAAAUAUGAAAGUUUCAAAAAUAGAUUUAAAAUGGAUUUUUAAAUAAAAAACCCAUUUAAUUAUAUUUCUAUAGGAAAUGAGUUAUUAAUAUAAAAUAGAGUAUUUUUAGGAAUACAAUUGAAUUCCGAAGCAAAAAAGUACUUUAAAUCAGCAAUUAAACUAGAUAACAACAAUCUUGCUGCUUAUUUUGGUUUAGGCUGUUUAAAAAUUUUGAAAGACAAACUGAAGGCAAAAGGAUUUUUCAGUAAAGCCAAAGAGAUAACUGAAAGGGAGAUAAAUAUUUUAAAAAACACAAUUCUAGAUCUCAUUUUUCUAAAUUCUGAUAACAGCAGUGAUUUAUUCAAAUAAUAAUUGUAGUAAAUUAAUAUGUUAGAACAUUUUUAUUCAAAUUUAAAAAAUAAUAUUAAAGAAAUUGAAAAAUCUGAAAGGUUGAUUAGAAUCACUAAAAUAAUAAACAAUUCAAGAAAUUGUUCAAAAAAUAUCAUUUAUCAAAAGUAAGUUUUUAAUAAAAUUAAAUUGGAAGAUGUCUUGAGUAAAUUUGAGGGAGAACAACAUUAGCGAGACGAUUAUGAAAUAAUGUUCAGAAAUUUAACUGCAUCAAAAGAUAUAUUGACAAUUGACUAAGCAAAAAACAUUAUUGAGAACUUUUAGAAAGAGCUUGGCAAAACUUAAGUAUUAGAGUUCGCAAUAGAAUCAUAAAAAAUUUAACUUAAUUAAAUUUAAUCAAUUAUUAAAUUGUUUGAAAUAAAUCUUUAAUUCAAAAAUCUAAAUCAUCAACAAUGCCAAACUAUUUUUUCAUCAAUUUCUUCCAAAACAAUUGAUUUAAAUUUAAAAGUUCAAUAUUCAGACAUUAAAACAAUUUUAUUAAACAAUACAUUUAUCAACGAUAUUGAAGUUACUCAUGAAGAAAAUGGUGCUUUGAUAACACUUUGCACAUUAAAAGAUGUUGAGAAAUAAGUUGUAGAUUUAAAUUCCUUCUAAAAUAUAUCUAUUAGAAACCUUGAUUUUGAAAAUGCCAAAGCAUUUAUAAAUUCUUUACCAAACACUUUAUUGUUUAAUUUAAAAUUUAAUAAUGCUAUAAUAGAGAAAUAGGAAAAAAUUGAUUUCAAUACCAAGACUGAAUUCAUAAAAUUAAAAUAGGAGGAUUCUAAAAAAGUAAUUGAUUUUUUCAGGUAAUAAUAAAUUCAAUUUAAUAUAAAGUUUAAAAAAUUACAAUAUUAUUAAAUUAGAAACUCAAUAUAAGAAGUUAGAUUCGAUUAAAUGUAUAUUAAAAUAAAUGGAAUUCAAUUUUUGAACUAAAUCUUUUUUUUCUCUGAAAUUCCACAAAAUGAGUUAGAUGAGUUAAAAUUAAGAGGCAUAGAUUUCAUCAUUUAUUUUAAUGAAAGGUCUUCCAAAAAAUGGACGAUUCUCAGUUUAUGUUAAGUUAAUUUAUUGUUCUAUGGUAUUGGUUGUUUAGCUUUAAUAAUCAACCCUUACUUAUUUUUGGCCUUGUGGGGAAUGGCAUAUUUAGGUGGAGUAUCGUUAACAGUAACUUCAACUGUUUAAAUACUGGAAGAAAUUUAAUCAAAUAAAUAAAUGUGGAAACAAGAUUAUGGAAGAAAUUAAAUAGCCAAUUAUAGAAAUUAUAAUUACAUAGUCAACAAUUUUUAGAUUUUGGAGAAUGAAGAUUUCAACAAAAUGAAGCCUGAGAUAUCUGAAAUUUUAGUAAUUAAGUUUAAGCAAUUUGAUAAAUAAUACAGCUAAAGUAUUUUAUUUGAAAUUCUCUGUCAAAUGAUUACUUUAUAAAAAUUAUUCCCAAAGAAUCAAAUAUAUUUUAGCAUCUUAAAAAUAAUAACUAAGAUUAUUGAUAGCAAAUAUUUUUUUAUAAAUUAUUGGAAAAACAUUUCUAAAUCCUUAACUAGCAAGUUAUUAAAUUUUGAAGAGUUAAUCAAUAAAAAUAGUUUAUCUUUGAUUAUCUAAAGUGAAGUUAAUAAAAAUGAAAAUAUUGAUCGCAUUAUUUAAGAACUAACACUCUCAUUAGCAAACUUUAUAUCUAAAUAAGGAUUUUUAAAAAUUAUUGAGAGUUAAGGUAUCAAUAAUUAAGUUGCAAAAAAAAUUAAAGAAGACAUGUUAAAAUUACAAUUGAUCAAAUAAUUGUAAAUUAAUGAAAAAAUAAUGUUAGAGAUUAUUGAUCCAUUUAUUUUGAUUGGCUAAGUUGAUUAAAUGUCUUAAGAAUUAGAUCAUUGUUCAGGUAAAAUAAUAGAUUUGUUGUAAUAAAUUAAUUAGUAUCGAAAGGAAUUUAAUAUUUUGUUUGAAUCAUAAAUUUAAGAGAUAGCAAAUGCUUUGGCUGAUAAAAUAAUAUCAAUAUUGGAAAAAGUGGAUUUAUAGCCAAAUGUAUUAUUAUAGAAUUUAAAGGAAGGAUAAGUUUAAGACAAUACUCAAAUAAAUGUUGGAGAACUCUUUGAUGAAAAUGUGAUAGAAGACGAAUUUGAGAUUAUUGAAUGA